CGGCAUUUAGCCUAACGGUUCCUCAAACCACAUGUAGCUAGCGGCAGGCUAAUCAACUUCUAAGAGUUCUUAUAGGGGUAAUAGUGAGUUUAAAGCUAAAAGUUUGAGAGAGCAUCUAUCACACAGAGCCUAGGCCAGACUAUUCCCGAGCACACAUUUAGUCAUAUUAAUAUUAUACGAGUUACUUGAGUUCAUGCCCGGCCCCAAAAUGGAUAGUCUUUGAAAAAGUGAGACUAGAAUAAAGAGGUCCGAGGUAACAUCUAGGUUAUGCUAAGCGGUACACAAAAAAGAUAUGCCAUCUACUAGCUCUCAGGGGAAAGCUAUUUACUCGAACACCUUUUUGAGAAACCCAAGCACCUUCUUCCCCUUCUCAAUCUUGUUUUGGUCGAGGUGCGAGGAAACCUUGCUACCCAAGGAGUGGGUCUUUGAAAAUCUCGGAUUCACAUACGGGGUAGGGGCCGAUGGAUAUUUUGGUUCAGGAGUUCUGUGCGGGGAGUUGUAAGAAGCCUGAGGUGGAAAAGUGCCCGUGUUGGAAGGCUGCUGUGGCGGAGCGUACUAGAAACUGUCAGCGACCGAGACAUCACCAUAAUGAAAAGUAUUACUCACAUUGUGCAUGUGCAUGGUUUAGCUUGUUUUGUAUCGUAAUUCAAUUGUAUAUAUAGAGUGGUACAAUAGGACCAUACUAAAGAC